AUGGAGCUCUUCCACCACCGGGCUUUCUCCGCCACCACCACCACCACUGAUGUGGACAGACCUGCCACAGUGUGUCCAGAGCUGCCCUUCCUGCACCCCAGCGAGAGCGGCCUCCUGGCCCGCGUCUGCCGCCUCGGCACCUUCUACAUCCGCUUCAGCGAGUUCGUCGAGCAGUUCGCCGAGCACGUCCCACCGCUGCUCCCACCGCCGCAGCCGCACUUCCCGCCGCCCCCCCCUCAGCAGGAUUCUCACCUGGCCCAGCAAGGGAUCUACCUGCGAGCCUUCUGCACCGGCCUGGAUGCCAUCCUGCAGCCCUACCGGCAGGCCCUGCUUGACUUGGAGCAAGAGUUCCUGGCUGAUCCUCACCUGACCAUUUCCCAUGUGAACUAUUCCUUGGACCAGUUCCAGCUCCUUUUCCCUUCGCUGAUGGUGGUCGUGGAGCAGAUCAAGGCCCAGAAGAUUCAUGGCUGUCAGAUCCUGGAGAUCGUCCACUGCUACAGCCGUGGUGGCCUGCCCCCUGUGCGAAGCGCCCUAGAACAGGUCUUGGCCAUGUGUCACGCUGUCAUGUACAAACAGCUCUCGGCCUGGAUGCUGCACGGGUUACUCCUGGACCAGCACGAGGAAUUCUUCAUCAGGCAGGGUCCUUCUUCAGGGAGUGUCCCUUCCCAGCCUGAAGAGGAGGAGGAGGAUCUGGGCAUCGGAGGCCUGACAGGGAAACAGCUGCGGGAGCUGCAGGACAUGCGGCUGAUUGAAGAAGAGAACAUGCUGGCCCCUUCCCCAAAGCAGUUCUCCCUGCGGAUAGAAAUGCUGCCCUCCUACAUCCCCGUGCGCGUUGCUGAGAAAAUCCUCUUUGUGGGAGAGUCCGUGCAGAUGUUUGAGAGUCAGAAUGUGAACCUGACUAAAAAAGGGUCCAUCUUGAAGAACCAGGAAGACACCUUUGCUGCAGAGCUGCACCGCCUGAAGCAGCAGCCGGUCUUCAACCUGGUGGACUUUGAGUCGGUGGUUGACUGGAUCCGGAGCACUGUGGCCGAGCACUUAUGGAAGCUGAUGGUAGAAGAAUCAGACCUGAUAGGACAGCUGAAGAUUAUUAAAGACUUUUAUCUCUUGGGCAGAGGAGAGCUGUUUCAGGCUUUCAUUGACACCGCGCAGCAGAUGCUGAAGACCCCUCCCAGCGCAGUGACCGAGCACGACGUCAAUGUGGCCUUCCAGCAGUCGGCCCACAAAGUAUUGCUGGACGACGACAACCUCCUUCCUCUCCUUCACCUGACCAUCCAUUACCAUGGAAAGGAGCACAGAGAUGUUGCUCAAGCGCGUGACACCCCCUCUCGAGAAUUGUCUCCCCAUGAAUCUCCCACGUCAGGCUGGGCUGCGCUGGGGCUCCACUACAAAGUCCAGUGGCCGCUACACAUCCUCUUCACUCCAGCUGUCCUGGAAAAGUACAACGUUGUGUUCAAGUACCUGCUGAGUGUGCGGCGAGUCCAGGCUGAGCUGCAGCACUGCUGGGCCCUGCAGAUGCAGUGCAAGGGCCUGGAGUCCAGUCGGACCGAUGCAAUCAAGUGGCGGAUGCGGCAUCACAUGACUUUCCUCGUGGACAACCUGCAGUAUUACUUGCAGGUGGAUGUCCUAGAGUCUCAGUUUGCACAGCUCCUGCAGCAGAUUAAUUCCACCCGUGACUUUGAGAGCAUACGGCUGGCUUUCCACUGUCUGAAUGAAAUCCUGGAUCUCUGUCAUAGCUUCUGCUCUCUAGUCAGUCAGAACCUAGGACCACUGGACGAGCGGGGGACCACCCAGCUGAGCAUCCUGGCCAAGGGGUUCAGCAGUCAGUCUUCACUUCUCUUCAAGAUUCUCUCCAGUGUUCACAACCACCAGAUAAACUCAGACUUGGCUCAGCUGCUGCUACGCUUGGAUUACAACAAGUAUUACACACAGGCUGGAGGCACCUUGGGCAGUGUGGGGCUGGAGUGAACCCACCUUGGCUGGAGCAAGGAGCCGGGGUUGUCCCUGCCUGCCGGGGGAGUGUGAGGAGGACGCAGGAGCGCCAGCAGAGGCACUUCGCCCUCACAACCGGGGAACUGGACAAGCUUCAAUAAAGCGUGCUGGUACUUCUUUCCUGGUAUGGAGCUUCUUCAGAAAGCAAAGGAAGGGCUCGCACACCCUGCGCAGUGGGUCCGAAAGGGGUUUUCUCUGCCUCCCAUCAGAAGGCAGAGGUUGUAUUAGACCAGGGUUGCUUCUCUGCUUUUGUAAGGGGGUGGGGGUGGGGCGUUAUCAUCUGGUGUGAGAUGGAAACAGGGAGCACCUGGCAAGGCCAAGGAAGCAGCCACCCUCCUCCUCCUCCUUCCCAGCCUCUGGUCUCUGUCCAUGACGGCCCUCCUGGGAAGGCUCGGAGCACUGGCUGCUUCCGGGAGCGUUCCUCAGACUGCUCAGCUGUGGGGGUCCCCCUCCCCAGCCUUUAACGAGCUCGCUUCAUCAAAACACGCACCCCUGCAGCCUUACCAAAGUGUUGUGGGGGGCCCAGUGUCUUCUCUGGCUAAGGGGGGAACACAGAAAAGUGGGGCGAAGAGAUCCUUCCAGCCACACCCAGACUAUGCGCGUGAGCCAGCCUUCACGGCGUGGGAGGCCAAAGUCAGCUGGAUGCUGUGCUGCUGAGGGUCUAAGUGGAACAGAGCAGCAAGGCAUGUGGACUCUUUGGCGCAGCCCUAUAAUCUGGCAGGGAUCCUCGCCACUCAGACUCAUCCCCAGGUAUCAGCCCUGCAUCCUAAGAAAACAGGACCUGUGCAAAUGACUGAGCUGGGAUUGAUUUGGAAGAAACUCUUCAUUGGUGCAAAGGAACCACGCUGGGCCUCCUUGAGAGAUGACAAAAAUAAAAGCAUGCUGUUAACAC